AUGAGCAAGUCGAAGAUGGUGUGGUCGACGCGGACGGCAAUAUCGUUGUCGUGGGGACACAAGGCCACGCGACCGAAGAAGACUAUCUCAAUGACACUGUCGAAGAUUAGUUGUCCGGAGAUUUCGCGGCCGUCAAGUUGGACUGACUCGUCUUUGGGGAGCGAAGCGGACGUUUUCUUCGCAGCGGCCACCGACAGCAAUAACGGCAUAAUCUUGGGGGGUAGGACGGAGGGAUACUGGUCAUCAUCCACCCCCGAGCUGUGUCUGGUGUGGCCGUCGACGGCGAAGACAACUGCUUCUUGUUCGGGGCAAACUUCUGGCUGCCUUGUCUACGGAGAGGGCGACGCAGGAGAUUGUGACUUCUUCGCGACCAAGCUAGACGGGACAGACGGAAGCGAGAUCUGGACGACGCAGGGCGGAGCGUCGACAAGCUUUGAUAGUUUUCGCGAGGUAGUGGUGGAGUCGACCGGAGAUCUGGUCGCCGUCGGCAUAAGCGGAGACGUAUACGCAAUCAGCAUCUUCGUCGUGAAGCUCAGCGGCAUCGACGGAAUCGUUCUCUGGGAGUAUUCUCCGGUCACAUCGCUCACCCAUGACGUGCCGCACUCCGUGGACGUUGACGCCCAGGACGAUGUUAAUGUGGUGGGCGUCUACGAUGCCCUGAAUCUGCAGGGCAGUACAGCCGAAACUCCGGUGGUGCUGAAGCUAGACGGGGCGACAGGCGAUGUCGGGUGGACCUACGAGGGCAUGGCCACAUCGGGUGACGGCUUCUACGACUUGGCUGUGGAUCUCACAACGGGGUGGGUUGUGGGUGCUGGCUGGACGGAAGGGACCUGGGUAACGGGUGCAGCUCAAGGCGGCUAUGACGUUGCUGCGGUGCUGCUAGAUGGGGUCACGGGAAACGAAUUAGGACGCUACCAGAAUGGUACCACCGAUGACGACUACCUUGCGUUCGCUGGAUUUGAUUCUGCCGGUGGGUUUUCACGGGGGGAUCCUGGACGGAUGCCAGCCAAGAUGAGUUCGUCGAGAUCAAGUUCGAAUCUUUUGAGGAUGGGGCACCUACCCCGGCCCAUUGGACCCUACUGUCGCCCCAAUGCCCGUGCCAACAACCGCUCCAAAGGCCAUCGUCUUGGCUCCCAUUACGACUGCUUCCCCUCUAGCCCCGUCGGCCGGCGUUGGAUAUCCUACACAAGCUCCGGUCGGUCGUGGUGACUUGCCGACUCCGGCUCCGACAACAGCGGCGGCCGCGGCAGCAGCGCUCUCCGAGGGGGAGAUCGGGGCCGUCGCACGCGGGGGGGGGGGGGCCUCCUUAAACUCCUCGGACUCUGUGAGUGCCAGGCUGUUGGAGGUCGUCGUUUGGAGGUUUCGUUUACAAACGGGAAGAUUGCGUUGAUCCGUUUUGCUCUGGAAGAUUUUUCCUUGUCUUCCUCCGGAGAUGGUCGGCGAAUUUUCCGCGUUCUCUUUGUGCUUUGGUGGUGGGCGGGGAAUCGCCAGGGAGGUUGAAGAACAACUCCAGAGGAGACCAUCCUCAAGGGGAAGGCUGAAAAAUUGACUUUCACAUCCCCAGCAUGUAUGCUAGGCCAUCACCCACCGCGGCACUAUUUUCUAUACCUUUGAUGGAGGGUCUCCGUGACGGCUACGAGAAGUGUUUCCUAGGAAAACAUGAUUAGCUUUCCCCAAACAGUCGCCUCCGACUUAAUCAACACGUCGCGCCCUCCCCGAAAAAGAUUUUGCCCCGCCACGAGCGUAUUACCAGACCUGGGGAUUGCUUUUGUGGUGGAAUCACGACCCUUCACGACUGCCGCAGAUUGUGACCGAAAGUGAAAAAUACACGGUCGGCCCUUUGAUCCGGGGUGGAGCACAGGUUGACUACCGCGUGAAAGACCGCUUCGAUCAUUUUUGUUUUCGGCAUGCAUCCUCACCGUACCCCAGGCCUUUCCUGCAUCCGACGCAAGCGCCCCCAAGGUCAGCAAGGAGCAGUCACAGGUUUGUUGUUUGUUGGAUUUUCCGGAGGCGACAUUUUAUUUUUGUUUCCACUACAGAACCGGCCCGCACUCAAGAACUUGGUAGUCAAAUGUUAAGAAAUUGAGCCUCAAUAUUUCCGAAAUACAAGCAGUUGCCCAUUAGAACACGUGCUCCAUCAAGCAUCCUACACUAUAACAUAUAAAGGCACAUGAAAACCUAUAUCAUCGCCGUGGGGGUACAGUACCCCAUACAAUUGUAGAAAAUAUAUGGAACGAGCCUCGGUCAAAACAAGAGCGUCUCAAGUGCGGGCCCUUACUGUGAAGAGGCGCGGGAAAAUGGCACUGCCACACAUUGAAGUGUACGAUGGUGAAGGCACGAUGCGGUAAUGUUUUUUCCGCGCUACUUCACCCUCCUCACAGCGAACACGAUGCUUUUUUUGCCUCUUCGCCGUCUAUGAUCCUGCGCAGCCAAUCGCAUGGUCCGCGUCCCUAGCAAGAAAACGUUCGAACAGAACUACCGAGUAUAUCGGUCAGCCACUACGCUCCGUACGCGUCGUCAACAACCAAUCAUUCGUUGAGAUGAGGGAGCGAACCCAACGAUCUCAAAUGAUUUGUGAACCAAGCAAUCCCGUCGUGCUUGUACGUGACAGCGAGUCACAGGAGGGAGGUAAUGACGACGAGCUCCAUGGGCGAAAGUGUACAUUUGCUCUGAACCGGUUCGUUUCUUUUGUGUUGCCUGUCGGCCCCUGUGGGCAAGCCCCCCUUGAUGGCAGUAGUCCCCUGGUGGCGAACUUGCUCGACUGUCACUUGGACCUUCCGUCGGGCCUGCCUGGCUAAGACUCGGUACAACAUGUCUCGGUUUCGCGUUGCUAACCUUGUCUCAACGCGCAGUACUUCGAUGACCUGCCCAGGUUUCUAACCGCCGGUCUCACUCUGAAUACGUUUCAAACAACUCUACGCGACCGGUUCGCCCGAUCAAUAAUGUCAGACAAUCGGCGAUUGUUUAUCGUGUGAUGCGCAUGGGUGCAGUGGUGCGAGGGUUGGCCCGGGCUAAAGGCGUGACAUAGUUGCCUUCGGACCAUUCUCUUGCUCUCGAAUCCUCUGCGAAUCCGUGGUGUCCUCAAGUUCACGUUGAUGGAGCUCUCCCCACGCGCAUUCUUCGCAAGAGGUCAUGUCCCGGGUGUCGCUUUCGCGGAGGAUUCGUUGGUCCCUCCUCCGGUACGAGCUGGCUAGCUAGGGACGGAGUGCUCGGUAGUGUUAUGUCUGCGUUUAUUUUCGUGUUAUUGUCAUUUUGAGACGUGUCUUCUGUAGUCGAGGGCCUGCUUUUGUUGACCGUAUUCCGGUCCAACCAAAUCCUCAAACUUUCAAACCCCACAAGGAGAUCUCCGGGGUUGUUGUUGUUGUUGUCUUCACAUUAAACCGUAUGUCAGUUGCUAAAAAGCUAAAAUCUAGCAAAGACUCUCAGCCCGUGGUCACGAAAGUGCUAGAGCCAUCUGAGGAUCUAAAGAACACGCACACAUAUAACGAGAAAAAGGUAUCCAAGAGCCCCAAGAGGUACACCUAAAAAUCCCUGCAGCACCGUAUGCGUGCCCAAAAACUGAACUGCACGUCCGUCCCACCGUUCGACUACAGCAGUAGCAUCACCCCCUCCCUGUCCCACUCUAUACCAAAACGGAAUAUUGCCGACUACAGCAUACUGCUGUCUGAAAUGCUGUCUG